CUCCAGGACCCGGAUCUGCCACCCCCUGUGGACAGAGGUUGACCUCCCCCCCGAGACGAGCUUUCUCUCGGAGAGCACUGGUUGGAGACUGGAAAUAAAGCCCCUGCUGAGAUAGGAAGACCGAGCCGCCUCCUCUCCUCUCCCACCUGCAGAUUACGCUUUUCUAAAAAGCCUGGGCCCCUUGUAAUAUUCAGAUACCCUCUCGCUGUCAGUCAUGGCUAGCAUCAUUGCACGUGUGGGUAACAGCCGGAGGCAGAAUGCACCUUUGCCACCUUGGGCCCAUUACAUGUUGAGGUCUCUGGAGAGGAGUCUCGGUCCUUUAAUGGUCAACAUGGCAGAGAGAAACAUGAAGUUGUUCUCGAGGAGGGUAGUGCCAGCCCACGGGAAAGAAAUCUUUGAAAACUGGCUGAUCCAAGUCAAUGGGGUCCUGCCAGAUUGGAGUAAGUCUGAGGAGGAAAAACUCAAGCGCCUGAUGAAAACCCUUAGGGGUCCUGCCCGGGAGGUCGUGCGUUUGCUUCAGGCUGCCAACCCCAACCUAAGUGUAGCAGAUUUCUUGCGGGCCAUGAAAUUGGUGUUUGGGGAGUCUGAAAGCAGUAUGACUGCCCAUGGUAAAUUUUUUAACACCCUGCAGGCACAAGGGGAGAAAACCUACCUUUAUGUGAUCCGUUUAGAGGUGCAGCUCCAGAAUGCUAUUCAGGCAGGCAUCAUAGCUGAGAAAGAUGCAAACCAGAUUCGCUUGCAGCAGUUCCUUUUAGGCGCUGACCUUAGUAGGGACCUCCGCCUCAGACUUAAAGAGCUUCUCAGGAUGUAUGCAAAUGAGCAGGAUCAGCUUCCCACUUUCCUGGAGUUAAUCAGAAUGGUGAGGGAGGAAGACGAUUGGGAUGAUGAUGAUGCUGUUAAUCGUAAGCGGUCCAAAAGGUCUGAGUCAAUGGUGGAGAGGGCAGUCAGCCCCGUGGCAUUUCAGGGCUCCUCGCCAAUAUUAAUGGGCAGUGCUGACUGCAAUGUGAUAGAGAUUGAUGAUACCCUCGACGACGACUCUGAUGAGGAUGUGAUCCUGGUGGAGUCUCAGGACCCUCCACUUCCAUCCUGGGGUGCCCCUUCCCUCAGAAACAGGGCCAGACCUCAGGAUGAAGUGCUGGUCAUUGAUUCCCCCCAAACUUCCAGGGCUCAGUUUCCUUCCACCAGUGGUGGUUCUGGCUUUAAGAAUAAUGGUCCUGGGGAGAUGCAGAUGCGUAGAGCCAGGAAGCGAAAACACAUUCUCCGCUGUUCCUAUUGUGGUGAGGAGGGCCACUCCAAAGAAACCUGUGACAACGAGAGUGACAGGGCCCAGGUUUUUGAGAAUUUGAUCAUCACCCUGCAGGAGCUGACCCAUACUGAGAUGGAGCGAUCCAGAGGGGCCCUUGGCCGAUACAAUAUCUUCUCUCAGCUUCUGUAAGGGACCAGCCCCCAAGUUUCAGUAAACCCUUACCUAUAUUCAGCAUCCAGCACUGGGAAAACGGGUGGGGUGGGGUGGGGGUGAGGGGAGGGGCGGGGGUGGGGUGGGGCUUCCGCUUCUAACUGCAUGAAUUAAUCCACAAAGCGGCUAUCUUUUGGGGUGGAGGAGAAAGGGUCUUGGAUAAUAGCACAUUGGAGGGAGAUAGCCUGACCUCUGUCCUUGCUCCUUCUCCUUGCAGCCUAAGGGUCUGUUUUUUGUGUGUGCCCAUUCCCUUGACAGCUUUAUUCUCUUUGUGAAAGUGGUAUAAAUUAUUGUUAAAUCUUUGAACUAUAAAAAAGUACAAAAAGUGAAGUACAAAUUACCCAAAUCUCUCCACCCUUAUUGUCAACCCUUUGGUGAGUGCCCUUCUAGAUAUGUUCCUAUACCUAUGUACCCAGAUAGAUAUAUGUAUAGAUAAAAGUGAUGAAAUAUAAGUGCUGUUCUAUACUCUGUAUUUUUUCACCAGACAAUAUAUGUUGUGAGCUUCUAUGUCAAUAAAUAAAUAUAUCAGCAUCUAU